ACUCACGCCGAAUGCACUGAAUCAUUUUACAAAAAUAACAUUAUGGAAGAGAUCAAAAGUCAACGCGUUGAUGAAGAUGAUAAAAAGAAAAUGAUUGAUAUGUUAAGAAGGUUUGAACAAGAAAGCGAGGAAAUGUCAAGAGAGGCAAUGGAAAUG